AUGUCUCGCUUGGAUAGCCCCUGUCUCUGGCGUGAGAAACGGUGUAAAGCGCUCAUCUUUGCUCCAGACCUUACGCGAACCAUGCUCAUGGACACCUACGAAGAAACACCGACGCCCAAGAUUCAAUCUUCCUUGCAUCAGAUCAGUAAAGCUUUGCCCCACCUGGCUGCCAAUGUUUCCAAUAUCGUCAACUCACCAUUGGCAGCAUUCGCCGAGACGAACUAUAGUGCCAGCACUGCACAGCAGGUAGCUGAGGUCAGCUCGGCGUUGUCGAACGUGUCACUCAUGAUCCAAGACAUCGAGUCAAUCUCCCAGGAGCUAGACAGACUCAAGAAAGACUUAAAAGCUGCUGCUACCAACCAGUCUCGACUGGUGUCUGCCGUUCUGCGUGUCCCAAUUGAAAUUCUGGCGAACAUUUUUGUGCUCAGCCUACUCCAGCGCCAUCAUAUUCACGCUUUCUAUCCAAUCUUACGCGUCGAGGCGCUCCCCUCAGCAGCUCUGAAUGUCGCUCAGGUGUGUCGCAAAUGGAGGCAUAUUGCCCUGAACACGCCGCAUUUGUGGAACAUCAUCAAAGUAACACCUGGUGGACAUACUCCGAUUCUUUCGUCUUUAAUUUCCCUCCCGAAAGAUCUUCUGGGAAGAUCGGCAAGCCUUCCCGUAGUCGUUGAGCUUCGCAUCGGCGGAGCGCUGAUAGAGGAAGAUGAGGACUUCAAUCGUUUGCCAGGCAACCCAGAGUACGAUGGCGUCCAAUGCGUUGAUGUUGAGACUGCCAAAUAUGUCGACUGCGGACCCAUAUUCCAGUGGUUAUCUCAAUUCAGAUGCAUCACUCACCUCACGUUCAAGCAAGUCCUGUUUGCCGACAUAUCUCCUAACUCUACCGCAUCUUUGGACCACCUGACCCACCUCCACUUACACCUACGUCAAAAACUUGAUGCAACGAUGUUCAUCAAAUCUCGUACAUGGCAGAACAUGAAGUCGUUGACAAUGAUGGUUUGGAACGACUUAGAUGACGAGAUUCUACAGUCCAUAUUCCUCCACGCCCCAGACCUGGAGGAACUCUUCGUCUUAGCCCAAGCAUGCACGCUCUCCGAACACCAGAGGUCUAUAUCUUCACCCAAGCUGCGGUUGUUCUCGUUGACCACGUACGUGGACAGUUUCUCCGAAGAAAGCACCCCAUCCAUUGUCAGCAUCUUGACUUUCCCCGCCCUCUCUGACCUGGUCCUACCCACGCCGGAAGACGGAGAUAUCAACCAAGUCCGGCGAUUCCUGGCACGAUCUCAAUGCCGUCUCAAUAGUCUCACGUUUACCAACAUGUCGGGGCGAGACGAUGUAGGAGGAUUGAUUCGUCAAGAAGCAGCUAAAGUACAGCAAGAGUUUCCAAUUAGGGCCAUAGAAUUUGCUGAUGGGCUGCAUAAGACGCGUUUGUACUGCGAAACCAGGGAUAGAUGGUAUAGCUACGAUAUCUGA